AUGAGCAGCAAAGUCUCCCAUGACACCCUGUACAAAGCGGUGCAGGAAGUCCCCAUGGGAACCUUCCGCAAGUGCCGGAAGUUUUUGGAGACGGUGGAACUGCAGAUCAGCCUGAAGAUCUAUGACCCUCAGAAGGACAAACGCUUCUCAGGCACCAUCAGGCUUAAGUCCACUCCCUGCCCCAAGUUCUCCAUAUGUGUUUUGGGGGAUCAGCAGCACUGUGAUGAGGCCAAGGCAGUGGAUAUUCCCCACGUGGACACUGAGGCAAUGAAGAAACUCAACAAGAAUAAGAAAUUAGUCAAGAAGCUGGCCAAGACUUAUGAUGCCUUUUUGGUUUCAGAAUCUCUGAUCAAGGAGAUCCCACAAGUCCUGGGCCCAGGCAUGAAUAAGGCUGGCAAGUUCCCUUUCUUGCUGACACGCAAUGAGAACAUGGUGGCCAAAGUGGAUGAAGUGAAGUCCACCUUCAAAUUACAGAUGAAGAAGGUGCUGUGUCUGGCAGUGACUGUUGGCCACGUGAAGAUGACUGAUGACGAGCUUGUGUAA